AUGUCUGUUAGGUCUGCAGCAAUAAAGAUCCAGGCCUGGUGGCGGGGCACGCUGGUGCGCCGCACGCUGCUGCAUGCGGCCCUCAGAGCUUGGAUCAUUCAGUGCUGGUGGAGGCAGGUGCUGGUGAGGCUGCUGUACCAGAGGCGGCGGGCAUCGCUGGAGCUCUUCACAGGGCAAAUAUGGGCAGUUGUCAGGCUGCAGUCCUGGAUCCGCAUGUGGCUCGUCCGCCUGCGUUACUGUCGCUUGCUCAAUGCUGUCCGCAUAAUCCAGCUCUAUUGGCGCUGGCACAGCUGCCAUUCCCGCGGCUUUUUGCACGGCACCUAUGAGCUCACAAGCAGCCAGCUGAGACUUGAGCUUAACAUCUUCCUGGGAUCACAGAUUUGUCAGAUUAAAAACUGCAUCCCCUUCCCAAUAAAGAAUUGACCA